AGUGCUUGUCACUCUAUGGUUUUAGUCCACUAAUGGCGUGUCUUCCGGUAACACACGUUUUAACGUCAAAAUGGCUCGGAAAAAAGGUGAUGAGAAAGUGAAUCAAGCACCCCAGAGUGAUAAUGAAGAGCAGAAUUAUGAUGAGGAGCCAGACUUUGACGAUCCGGAAGGUUUUGUCGACGACAUUACUGACGAAGAAUUGUUGGCCGACCUUUUAGAGCAGAAACCUAAGGAAUCUGAUGGUUACGAGAAUGUGAUCGUGGUGGAUGGGUGCCCGCAGGUCGGGCCCGAGCGGCUGGAAAAGCUGCAAAGUGUCAUAAACAAGAUCUUUAGCAAAUUUGGCAAGAUCGUUAACGAAUAUUACCCUACCACGGAGACUGGGCUUACCACAGGCUACAUUUUCUUGGAGUAUAGCAAUUCCCAGAACACUGCGGAGGCUGUGAAGGCUACAAAUAAUUGUAAAUUAGAUAAGCAGCAUACAUUUUUAGUGAAUUUGUUCACGGACUUCAAAAAGUACUCAGAAAUUCCCAAAGAAUGGGAGCCACCACAGCCCCAACCGUUCAAGGUCCAGUCGGAUCUACAAUGGUACCUUAUGGAUCCCGAUGCGUAUGACCAGUUCCUGGUUGGCAUUGGGACAGGGGUUGCGCUGCAGGUUUGGCAGAACGCUCUGCCAGAACCUAUUUCGUUGCAAGAAAGGCCGAACUGGACAGAAACCUACGCAGUAUGGUCUCCACUAGGCACCUACUUAGCCACGUUCCAUUGGCGAGGCGUGGCGCUAUGGGCCGGCCCGAAGUUCUCCCAAUUCCAGAAGUUCUUCCACCCUGAAGCGAGAUUCAUCUCAUUCUCACCGUGUGAAAACUACAUCGUCACCUUCUCGCCUAGUGGCGAUCGAGGGGACGAUAAGAAAUUAAUUAUUUGGGAUAUUAGGACCGGCCAAGAAAAACGUAGCUUCCCUCCGCCUGACGAGUACGUCACGUGGCCGAUAUUCCGCUGGAGCAAGGACGACCGGUUCUUCGCGCGACUCGGCCAGGACAUGCUGUCGGUCUACGAGACGCCAGGGUUCGGGCUGCUUGACAAGAAGUCCAUCAAAAUACCUGGAAUUAGGGAUUUCAGCUGGUCUCCCACGGAUAACAUCUUAGCGUACUGGGUAGCGGAAGACAAGGAUGUCCCAGCCCGAGUAACGCUUCUCGAAUUGCCCAACCGCACAGAAAUACGCUCAAAGAACUUGUUCUCCGUCGCCGACUGUAAAAUACACUGGCAGAAGAGCGGAGACUACCUCUGUGUGAAAGUCGACCGAUACUCCAAAGUGAAAAAGGACAAAAAUGACAUUAAAUACUCCGGAAUGUAUUAUAACUUCGAAAUAUUCCACAUGAGAGAGAAGGAGAUUCCGGUGGAUUCAGUAGAAAUUAAGGAACCGAUUCAGGCGUUCGCUUGGGAGCCAGUCGGGUCUAAGUUCUCGAUCAUUCACGGUGAUCCAGCGAAUAUUUGUAUAAGUUUCUACCAAGUCAAUACUGGGCAGGCGCCUACACUGUUGAAGAAGUUCGAGAGGAAACCAUUCAACCAUUUGUUCUGGUCUCCGUCUGGACAGUUCAUCGUGCUGGCACAUCUUGGCUUGACCGGUGGUGCUUUGGAGUUCUUGGACACUAACGAUUUCACAAUCAUGAAUGUUGCGAAUCAUUAUCAGAUGUCUGGCAUCGAGUGGGACCCGACGGGGCGCUACGUGGUGACGGGCGUGUCGUCGCUCAAGUGCAAGAUGGACUGCGGCUACUACAUCUGGUCGUUCCAGGGCAAGAUCAUUAGGAGGGUAAUGAAAGAGGGCUUCGCCCAGUUCCACUGGCGGCCGCGCCCUCCCACGCUGCUCUCCGAGAAGCAGCAAAAGGAGAUCAAGAAAAACCUCAAGAAGUACUACUCGCAGUUCGAGUCCAAGGACCGCAUGCGCAGCAGCAAGGCUAGCAAGGAACUAGUGGCGAAGCGCACGGAGCAGAUGAAGAAGCACGUGGAGUACCGCGAGGCGAAGGCGCUGGAGUGGGCCGAGCAGAAGCCGCGCCGUCUCGAGCUCAGGAACUAUGUGGAUACGGACGGUCUCGACACCGACCAAGUGAAUACAGUGGAGGAGGUUGUAGAAUUUUUCGUGAAAGAGGAACAAACUGUCAUCGAGUAGUCGCCAUUCCGCACCAACGUCCCAGGUCGGCGCGCCCGGCCUGACAUCGCUUAUACCGGAGCCACCAUUUUAAUAAACAGACCGAUUACAACAAAGUUUUUUUUUUACCUUCAUCCCGUCACAAAACAUUUUAUAAGCACCAUUAUGUCACUAAGACUCCCAUUUAUAAAUUAUACAAUAGGUAAUGUUUAUAGAAAUCAUAUUAAAUUGAUAUGUUUCAAACGUA